AUGGCAGCUGGGCCCGGGGCUUCGAAGAUGGGAGGUGAGCCCGGGAAGAUGGGAGGUGGGCCGCCGGCCAAAGCAGAUCCGUCUUCGGAUGAGGAAAGUGAGGUGGCUGAGGCGGCUGCACCGAGCAAAGCGCCAAAGCGAAAGCAUGGCGAGGACGAGGUGAAGAAGACCGAGGUGCAGCAGAUGCAGAGGCCGGCCGAGCCCCAGAAGCCACCCACCAACCUCGCACGGCGGGUGGGCAAGUUUCGGCUGGAUGUUGGGACGUUGGAGAUUUUCGCGAAGAUCACCCCCUUCGAUAUCCCGCAUCCCAAAGCUGCGAAGGAUGAUGCCAAGAUCGAGGAGACGAAGUCUGUGGCCGCCGCGAAGGAGGUGGUGAAGGACGAGGGCGAGGUGAAGGGCGAGCCGGCCAAGGAGAUCACAUAUGCAGGUAUGGCCCUGCUGUAUGCUGGACCCGAGAUGCGAGCUGACCGCGAGGUCGUCCUUGCCGCUGUGCGACAGGACGGCUGUGCGCUUCUGUGUGCCUCCCAGGCUCUCCGCAUGAAUCGCGAAGUUGUGCAAGAGGCCGUGCGGCAAAAUGGCCUGGCGCUGCAGCAAGCUAGCGAGGAGCUCCAAGCAGACCCCGAGCUGCGGCGCGAAGCUGAAGAGGCAGAGUCUCGCCUGGGGCAUCCGCGCCGGCGCUUGGAAAGCACGGAGAAGGAGCAUGGCCGCCCAAAGACCACUUGCUGGAGCCAGCUGGGGACCUCCCACGACUUCAUCUCUCCCCGGCGACAGCGCUGCGAGGGGUACGCCCAGCAGCCCACCACGAUCGUGGCCACGCUAUAG